AUGUUGUGCUAUCUCGACCCGACACAAUACAAUAACAUCAUACAUUAUGGUAUUUUUACAUCUCUGCAACAUUACUUCUUGGCUUCUCCCUUCAAUUUCCUGAUCAUGCUAUUCUUCAUCUCAUACUGCCUUCUGGUGACCAAUAUCAAUACACCCAAACCCAUUUUUCAAACAUGCGGCAAGACCAUUUUCAGACAGAACAAACAACUAGCGCCAAAACAAUUGGGCUUACAUCAAUGUCUCAUCUGUACCUUCGAGUGCGGAUUCUUGGUGGAUCUAGGCAUUAAUGACAACACAGAAAACAUUGAACCCACUACAUCCUCGAGCCGCAAAUCCACACAAAUAUUGCAGCUGAGCCGGAAAAUCACGGAUGAGAAUAACAUCAAAGGACGCACUUCUUCAGGUAUAGCCCACCCACUGCUGGUUCAGAUGCAUGAACAUGUGUCUGCUAUUAUCAAAACCAGAAGCGAAGGACAGGAUCAAGAGUAUAUUGAUAUUCCAUCAGUGUCAGACAAUGAAGCAACAGGGGCUGCUCCUAGUGGUUCUGAAUCAGAAGAUACACCCAUGGAGAACACUGCAAAUUACAAGGGAAAAAAGAAACCAAACAAUCAAUAUGAUGAUGAUGGGCUUUUCAAGGAUCUCGAACACAUUGCGCCUCCUGAGAAGCACAAGGGAAAAGCGAAUAAGAUUGCUGAUGUCAAUGCCUUCUUCAACAACCCCUUUGAGCAAACAAGGACCAACGGAAAGACAGUCAAGGUGCAUGACUGUAUUCGAUGCAAAAGCAAGCGGGUGUCAGGCUACACCCUAGUUAAAAACAAUUUCAUAUCCAUGAUCGCCGAAGAUGUGAUUGCAUGCAAAGCAGAAGAGAAGAAAGCAGCAGCACAAACAACCUUGGAUGGACAUGUGCAAACUGAGGGCCCAUGUGAGCGUGUAACGCCUUAUUCUAAAAAGUCAUUUCGGUUGGCGGCUAUCCAGUGGCUUAUCAAAACAGAUCAGUGCAUGGUUGAUGUUGCUGCCUGCGCAAAGGAUGGCAUCACCAUUCCAACUUGGAAGGUCACUCAAAAGGAGAUCAUACAUCUUUUUGGGAAGUAUUUGGAUGAUCUUGCACACUGCCUCAAUGCCAGCAACAUCAAUGGGUACUUUGCUGUAACUGGUCACUGGAUUGAGGAGAAGUCUUUGAAUGAGUGGUCACUUGAAAGUGCACUGCUAGGUGACAAUGCCUCAAAUAAUGUCACCAUGAUGGCAGAGUUAAGUAAGCAGAUCAAGAAAGCGUACAAUCUGGAUUAUGAUCCUGAAAGUCACAGGAUAGGCUGUUUUGUGCACAUCAUAAACCUCGCUACUCAAGCACUGCUGAAGGCACAGAGCAAGUCGCCAUAUUAUGAUCCAACAAAGCCCGACACUCACAUGCCAGAUACACAAUGGCAUGCGGAACAUGAUGAGGUUGGUUUGAUAUGCGCAAUUUCAGUCAAGGUCCAAUGGUCUUCAAUGUACAUGAUGCUCAACCAAGCAUAUGCCAUGUGCAAUCAUGUUCAACACUUCUUGACGGAAAUAUCCCGAGAUGCCAAAGAUAAUAAGACUGGGUAUGUGCUAUAUGCGCUGAUCCCAUCUCCGGAGGAAUGGCAGAAUGUCAAACUGUUUCAGCAAAUCCUUGAGUUCAAACCUGGGCUACAGGCUGGGCUGGACAAGAUUGUGGAGUACUAUGAUAAAACAUCAGACAAUGAUGCAUAUGUUUUCUCAAUUGUACUUGAGCCCACCAAACAACUCAUGCACUUCAAGACCAAUUGGACUACUGACCUGCUCGAGGAUGCCACAGAGCUGUGCAAGACAGUCAUAACAAUGACACAGCAGCAACCAUAUCAAAUGCAAGAAAAGGCCCAGCUAGUACAAAGUGGGCACGUUCAUCUGCUGUGGUCGCCCUUCUAUCCAGUGACUCCAAGGACGAUUGUCCUGUUGUCUCUUUGGCAGCAACUCAGAUAUAUUGACCUUGACGAAGACAUUCCGGAAGACAUGACAACUGUCAAAUGUGAGCGUGCAUUCUCGAGCGUGGGGAUCACAGUCACAAAGCGAUGCAAUCGUCUGAAGGGUGACAUUGUUGAAGCACUUCAAGCCCUCAAAUGUGCAUUUCGAUGUGACCUGUUCUUCAAGGAGACCAGCCCCUCUUCAGCAACAGAAAAUGAGCUCAAAGCCGAGGACAGUGAUGACAGUGACAUUGGUGGGGCUCUACUCACAGAGAAAGAGUGCACUGUUAUUGGACUCACCAUUGACUUGGAUUCGGAUGCUGAGGAGGACAAGUAA